CGAAAUCCGCACUUGGUGUGACCGCACCCGGAAACGUGAAGUGAGCGCCAUCGGUUGCGUUUUCUCGCGAAAUAUAUAGGAAAUAAACGGAUCGACAUGGGCGACAAGCUGCUGGACUCGACGCAGAUCAUCAAUGGCCUGGCUGUGAUGCUGUCCUUCUUCGUGGGCUACCGAUACGCCCUGAAGCGGGGCGACGCCAAGGACUCGGCCUCCGACGAGGGAGCGGCGGCCCCAUCUUUGGCCGGAUCCUCAGUGCCCAGUGCUUCCGAGGCUCCUGUGUCGGACAAGGGCUACGGUGGCUUCAACGAGAACUUCAAGAUGGUCCUUGUGGUGCGCAACGACCUCAAGAUGGGCAAGGGCAAGAUUGCCGCCCAGUGCGGCCACGGAGCAGUGGGCGCCUAUCAGAGGGCGGUGGUCAGGACGCCACGGCUGUUACGGGCGUGGGAAAACUGCGGAUGCGCCAAAAUCGCCGUGCGCGUUGAGAGCGAGGCGGAGCUGAUGGCCAUUAAGAAGGCAGCCGAGCGCCAGCAGCUGAACACGUGCCUCAUACGCGACGCCGGUCGCACCCAGAUCGAGGCGAACUCCAAGACUGUGCUGGCCGUGGGUCCAGCGGCUGCCGUGGACAUCGACCGGGUCACCGGCCACCUGAAGCUGCUGUAAGAUCCGCACUGCGGGAACUCUUGAAGGCCAUGAGGCAUCACUAACUCGCCCAAGUGCAACCCGAAAAUUCUCAAAGCAAUAGGGCGCAGGGGUAGAGCGGUGGAGGAGGCUGGAGAUGGCGUAAUGCCCCGUUGAGGACGACAACUGUGACAUGCAAGUUAAGCUAAGAUUUACGUUAUCACGUUAACUGUGAACUGAGCUAUUAAAAAUUAAACGAUUGGCAGUCCAACCUAGAACUGCAAAGCUCCUAAACAA